AAGCAGGGGGAAGGGCCCACAGCCACGCAGGGGCUCCGACGGUCCAGCGAGAUCCGAACUGGAGGGAAGGAAUCUGCUGCCCAGCAUUCUGUCUCCGGACCGGGUUGAGUUAUUUCCUGACAGUUUCCCUCAGAGCUCGUUCCGUUUCUCCUCUGCCUUGGAGCGCAGCGACGGGAAUCUCUGCCACUAUUAGACAGGAUGUCGGACCUUCCAGUCAAUGACCACCUCGCUGGGAUCUUAUCAGAUUUUGAAGCCCUGAAGAGAUCGUUCGACGAUGAAAACAUGGAUGACAUGACGUCCGUCACCUCAGCUUCCUCUGUCUCUGCCUCCCUUUCCCCCUCUUCCUCCCGUUUCAUCCUGAACCACAACAAACCCAUCAUGGGGCCGGGAGGAGGGGGCCAGUCUCCUCCUGUUGCCGUCAGCAACAGUAGCGUGGUCUCUGCAACGGACUCCCACAUACGUCUGAGCUCCGGUCUCAGUCCUGUCCUCAAGAGCCGCGCUGUAGGCAGUAGCUUGUCCUUCAACAGAGGAACCAUGAACAGGCCAGUCGUCCCCAACUCCAGCUCCUCUGUUACCAGAGCUGCUUCCUUCCAAAGCAGGUUGAACCCCAGCUUCUGCUCCACACUGUCAGGACCUGGCAGUGACAAUGACAGCCUUUACAGCUCUACGUCCAGCCUGGAGUACUCUGCUGGUGGAGGCCAUACCACGCCAGCUAACAAGCUGUCGUCCUAUCACAGCCCUCCACCUCAGAGGGAGUACUAUGGAUCUAAGCUCAACUGGUCACAACAUCACGAAGCGAAUACGGAGAAGUUCUCACAUGGGAGUGUUUUCAAGUCAGAGGUGAACCAAGGACCUGAGUUGAUGCUGGAUAUGAGAAAGCCUCAGGUGUUAAACCUUGGGACCAUGUCAGUUCUUGACUACCAACUUCCAGGAGAGGGGAACUUGGGAAUUCUAAGAGAUGGUGGUGGUGGCAUGUCUCCAGGAAUGAAAUAUGUUGAUGUGAAUUUUAACUGGAAUGGCCUGCGUAGUGGAAACUCCUUUGAGGAAUGCGGAUCAAAAGACGUUUCCCAAAAGCGGCUUCGGGCCAUCAAGAGUCCGCAGCCCAAAGCCAAAGAACCUCCACGUCUCAACAAGUUUCCCUUGGAUCUGGACAGCCUGGUGAGCAGCGUCUCACCGGCCUCCCCUACCAAGCCAGAGGUGGGACUGAGGAGCCCAAAAGCGUCAAACCGUUCCCAGCAGAGUGCAAAUGGCCUAAAGAGCUACAACCCAAGCCCUCCUUCCACAGCUGCCAGCCUUUCAGCCUCUCUCAGCAGCCUAGACAGUUCUUCUGACACGCCAGUUCGACCCAAUAACUAUCCAUGUUCACCCAUAUCUCCUCGCUCUCCUGUUCCCUCACACCAUCCCGUCACUGCUCUAGAGAAGAGCUGCUCUCCUGCACCCUUUGCCCUAUCCUCAGCUGAGAGUAUUCAGAGGGAUCAAUUCUCACAGUCCCAGACUGGACACAUGGUCUCCAAUCUCCAAAGUCAAUUUAGUCCUUCCAGCACCUUCAGCUCCAGAGUUAUUGGAUCUUUGGAAGAUAGCGAAUGUGAUGAAAAAGAGAGCGUGGACCUGAUCUUACAAAGGAUUGCUUUGUUCUCUUGGCCUGUCACAACUGACACCAACACAGGACCCGCAGUCCAAACCCCAAACCCGACCCAACGUACUGCUGGGUUGUCGCCUAAUUCUGGCUGUCCCACCGAGGACACAACCAUCGCCAUGAGAAAAGAGGGGAACAAGAAACAUGGAGAACCUGCAAGAAAGUUGCUGACAGCCCCGCCGAGCCUGAUGGAGGAGAGAGGGGAUAAGGAGAGUGUCAUCAUGGGAGACGAGCAAGUGGAUGAAGGCAAGAACCACGAACGCCAAAACAUCCAGACCUCCAGGUCAGAAAAGGGUCAGCAUGAGGAGGAGCAUGCAGAGCCAGAGGAGAUCGGGAAGGAGAAGGGAAUGGGAAUCGAAGAGACCAAGAAAGAGUCGGAGCUGGAGGCCGAGGUGCGGCUGGAGCUUCGCCAGUCCGCCUCCGGCUUCCAGACCGGCUUCAUCCGAGGCACCGACCUGUUUGGUUACGUGGGCAUCGAGGCGGUUCUGGACCAAAUGAGGCGCAAGACCAUGAAGGCUGGCUUUGAGUUCAACAUUAUGGUGGUUGGUCAGAGUGGACUGGGGAAGUCUACGCUCGUCAACACUCUGUUCAAGUCAAAAGUCAGCCGGAAGUCCUGCACACCUGACUACGAAGAGCAGAUAUCCAAAACAGUCAAACUGCAUGCAGUCAGUCACGUGAUUGAAGAAAAAGGGGUGAAGAUGAAGCUGACGGUGAUCGACACUCCCGGGUUCGGGGACCAGAUUAACAAUGAGAACUGCUGGGAGCCCAUAGUGAACUACGUCAACGAGCAGUAUGAGAAAUACCUGAGGGAGGAGCUGAACAUCAACCGGAAGAGGCGGAUACCUGACAGCAGAGUCCACUGCUGCAUCUACUUCCUGCCUGCAACCGGACACAGGCUGCGCCCCAUCGACCUGGAGUUCAUGAAGAGGUUGGGGAAGAUAGUGAGCAUUGUGCCUGUCAUCGCUAAAGCAGACACACUCACCGUAGAAGAGAGACAGGAAUUUAAAGAAAGGAUAAGGAAAGACUUGACAUCCAAUGAAAUUCGUGUUUACCCCCAGAGAGAGCACGAUGAAGAUCCAGAAGAGCGCCUUCUCAACGACAGAAUCAGGGAAAGCAUUCCCUUUGCUGUUGUGGGAACUGACAAGGAGCACCAGGUGAAUGGAAACAAGGUGCUGGGCCGGAAGACGAAGUGGGGAAUCAUUGAAGUUGAAAAUGUGGCUCACUGUGAGUUUGCAAACCUGAGAGAUCUUCUUAUCAGGUCUCACCUGCAGGACCUGAAGGACGUGACCCACAACAUCCACUAUGAGACGUACCGCGUGCGACGACUCAACGAGAGCAACAUGAACUUCAGCGAGCUGGUUCUGACCAGCUGGCCCCUGAAGAACGGGACCGACACAUGUGAGACGGAGAGCCAGCUCUGAUCCGUCCUUCGUCCACCCUGUCCUCCUGAGCGCUCUCAGGCGUGAGGCUCUCCUCACGUCACGGUGAAACACGGGAGAAAUGUUUUCUUUUUUUUUCCUUCUUUUUUUUUUUUUUUUACAAUGGGACCAAGUAGUGGAAUACUUUGUCUGAGAAAUGUGGGAGGUUUUGAUGUAAGAUGGAGGAAAUGAAUUGCAGCUAGAUGUGUUGGACAGGGAGGUCACAGCGAUGACCUGGGAGGACAAAGACAGGCGGGAUUAAUGGAGGCUGCAGUUCAGCCUCCAGGUGAACACACACUUCGUUAUGAUGUCCACAGACAUGUUGGCCUUGCGGUGUGGAAUUAUGCUCAGUUGGGAUGCUGCGGUGUGUAAAACAGGUGAAUAAAGCAUUAGUUAGAAGCCCCGGCUGUGCCAAGAACUUAACUUUUUCUCCACUGAGUUUUUAAUCUGACAAAUUAUGCCAUUAAUUAUCUGCAUGUGUGGUUUGAGCUGCAUUUUUUUGUUGUCGUUGAAAAAAGGGCUGCCAUUAUUUCAUGAAUUUGAUCUGUUAACGAUAGAGCUAACUGACUGUAGGGUAUACUAACUAAAAGAUUUAACUGUAGGAUUCGGUUUCCUUAAUAUUGUCAUCAUUUACUAGCUGUGUUGAUUUGUAGGAUUCCAUGUCCACACUGGAUAGAUCUGUGAGAUGACUCUGACAUGGUAUUCAAUGUUAAGCCCAAAGUAAUGUUUCUGUUAAAGCUGCAGUAUGUAACUUUUGUAAAAAAAUAUAUACAUAUCUUUUUGACAUAUUGUUUAACCUGCCACCAUGUCCUGACAGUUUGCUAUGAAACAGAUAAUCUAUGAAAAGAUCAAACUCCUCCACCUAAUGCAUGUGCUGCUAUUGCCGUCUGAUGAAAUGCACUGACCAAAAUCAACCAAUCAGCGAGGAGGAGGGGCUUAGCGCUGUCGGUCAUUACUGUAAAGUAGCUGCUGUUUAUACGUUGUCAUUGGUGGCCAUGCCAGCCUUAGCAUUCAUGACAGGCUGUAUUGAUGGGGAGAAGCUGUAUUGUAGCAGAAGAAGCUGCAUGUAGACAAGCGUGAUUGACAAUGCUAAGACCCUCCUCCUGGCUCUGAUUGGUUGUUUCUAGUUUGCAGAGGAGCUAGAUUUUUUUCAAAGAUUAUCUGUCUCAUGCUAUGCUGUCACGUCAUAGUGACAGUUUAAACAAAUAUGUAAAAAAAAAAAAAUUCAUAAAAGUUACAUUCUGUAGCUUUAAAGCUUCUAGAAAGCUUGCUGUCCGCAUUAAAGUGCCAAAAUAACAGAAAAUAUUCUCAAUUUUCAGUUGUGUUUUAAUUGAAAGUGUAACUUUACAGAAAGUUGCUGUAAAAAAUCCUUAAGACAAUGAAGGAUUGUCCUUAAGACAAAUCCUUGUUCAUUUCGGUUCUUUUCAACACGAGUGGACGGUCAGCUGCAGCUUUGCUCAGUGCGCCACCUGGUGGAGGAAAAAAUAAAAAGAACAUCCAUUAUCAAACGUUUUCUGUCAGAAAAACCAAUCUGUGAACAGUAGAAGAAGGAAAUGUUUCAUGCUUAAUGAACAUCCUCUGAAAGUGUUGUAUGAGCGUUUAGUAAGCCAUGUGUUUGUGUUCCUACUGAGACUGAAUAGCUGUGAAACAUGUAGCAUGAAAACUAAGUGUGUUUAAUAAAGGGAGCUGCCUUUUUCAACAUG